GAAUAAAAAUAAAAUAAAAAGAGAAAAAAAAGGAGAAGAAAGCGCAGUCACACGUAGCAGCCCUCGAGCUUUCCCUCCCUCUCGGCUCUCUGCGCCGCCGCCCGCCGCCAUGGAGGACGACGACGACUGCCCUCCCCUCGCCGUAGCGCUCCCGCCGCGGGUGCCAUCUCCUCCGGCGCCAGCUCCCUCAGAUGCCUCGCCAGUUGGCGUAACCGUCAUCACCGGCUACCUCGGGGCCGGCAAGUCCACGUUAGUCAACUACAUUUUGAAUGAACAACAUGGAAAGAGAAUCGCCGUGAUACUAAACGAGUUUGGAGAGGAAAUUGGGGUUGAGAGGGCGAUGAUCAAUGAGGGUCAAGGUGGUGCACUCGUUGAGGAAUGGGUGGAGCUGGCAAAUGGAUGUGUCUGUUGCUCUGUAAAGCACAGCCUAGUUCAAGCACUUGAGCAGCUUGUGCAGAGAAAGGAUAGAAUGGAUCAUAUAUUACUUGAGACAACAGGAUUGGCUGAUCCUGCACCACUUGUCUCUGUUCUUUGGCUAGACGACCAACUGGAAUCAUCAAUUAGACUGGAUUCUAUUAUUACGGUCAUUGAUGCAAAAAAUUUCAGGGUUCAGAUUGAUGAGCACAAAAACUUUUCCUCAUUCCCUGAAGCAUUUCAUCAAAUUGCGUUUGCGGAUGUUGUGAUAUUGAACAAAAUUGACCUAGUGAAGGGCAACAUUGAGGAUUUGGAAAAACAUAUUCAUGAUGUGAAUGCUCUGGUUACGGUGGUGCGGUCUGUCCGGUGCCAGGUUGACUUGAAUGAAGUAUUUAACAGGCAGGCAUAUGGUGCCAAGAAUUCUUCUCAUCUGCAGGAACUGCUGGACUAUAGUAAAUCAAUACCACCUGAUCGCCGUCAUGAUAACAGUAUUUCCACCUUGUGCAUCUAUGAACAGGAUCCAGUUAACUUGGCUAAGGUGGAAUCGUGGCUUGAAGAUCUUCUGUGGGAAAAGAAAUCUACUUUGGAUAUAUAUCGUUGUAAAGGGAUUUUAUAUAUCCAUGAUUCAGAUCAAGUUCAUACAUUACAGGCCGUGAGGGAAGUCUACGAAGUUAUGCCGGCUCGAAAAUGGUUGGAGACAGAGUCUCGCAUGAACAAGAUAGUUGUCAUAGGCCGCAAUUUGGAUAUCAAUGCUCUUCAAGAUUCAUUUUCUGGUUGCAAGGGCUGACAAUGAUGAUCUUGUUUCUCUUCACAACAUUAGUUGUCCAUUUUUCUGCAAUGUACCUCUGUGUAUUGCUGAACUGAAGGGGCCCUAUCGGUCUAAACUCACCAGUUUAGGUGCUCCAUAUGUAUAUUUCGUCAGCGGAGAAACUUCAUAGGGGGAAGCAAUUCCAAGAUUAAGAGGACUGAACUGCUCUUGUUGCUGUAAUACCAUGUUAGUGCUUCUCCAACGCACCGUGAUAGACUUUUUCUACUUUCUGUUCAGUUUAGAAUGCAAACUGAUGUACUUUGUGGAUGAGGCAUGUAUCCUAUAAUGAGAUGCACUUUGUGGAAGGAUUUAAAUUCAAAGUGUAUGCAAGCUGAUUGAAAACACGUUGAAUACAAGAGCUGUGGCGGAGUUUUUUCA